GUCUGCCGCCCAGCAGAUACUGCGAUGCCCUGAAGGACACGUACUUUCGGGUGUUUUCUCCAGUUUGUUCCCUCCCGCCCAUAAAUUCUUAGGCUUGUGGAGAUCUCGACUGACUUACACCAUCUGUAUAGCUGUUUCACAUAUUGCACGAUCCUACCUUUGCCGAAGAGUAUGAGCGCUUCAGGCAGGAUCCAAGCUCGGUGUCUCUGUCAUGGCUGGCGCUGCUCUUCGUCGUCCUGGCCAUCGGCGUCACCAGCCUGGGCGACGAUGACCCCUUACUCCCCGACCUGGGGCGAGAGGCCACUCCCAGCGCCAAUAUCAGGGUCAUCUCAGAGCAGUACCGGUCUGCUGCCAUGCAGUGUCUUGCUGCCGACCAGGUGCUGUCUCGACAUUCUAUGAAGACCUUGCAAGCCCUGGUCCUCCUUAUCUAUGCCCUCACCCAUAGCUCACAGCCGUCCUGGGUGCUCAUCGGGAUGACCCAUCAUGUGGCCAUUGCCAUGGGCUGCCAUCUCGACCCGGACAACUUCAACCUCAGCCUUAUCGAGGCAGAAGAGCGUCGACGAUGUUGGGCUGGGCUGAUCAUGUUGCAUAUGAUACAGAAGAUUUCCUUCCGCAACCUCGACCGCCAGCGUCUGAGUCGAGAUGUUCGUCUACCUUUGGACGCCAACGAUCUCGACCUGAUGAAGAACAGUGGCCUCACGAUGGACCAGCUCCGCCAUCCUACCGGCCCUACGCAGAUGACAUACCUCCUAUUCAAGUUCCGUCUCUACGAUAUUGCCUUGGCCAUAUGCAACGAGAUCUUUUCUUCGGAAGCAUCCCCUGCUGUCAUAGCUAAGCUAGACAAUGAUAUAACCAGUCAACAAGAGCUCUGGUCCGCACGCUACCAUUCUGAUACCAGCGUCGAACCACUGCCCAGCCAGCACUUUGCCCAUAUAAAUAUUCUCUUUGGCUACUCCCAUCAGCUGCGUUUGCUGCUGCAUCGUCCGGCAUUGAACCGCUAUCUCACUGGAGAUAUCAACGAUCGUACUCACAGUUCUCGUAACCGCUGCCUGGACGCUGCAAAGGGUCUGCUAUCUAUCCAGAAGACACUUGCUGAGUCACCACAGUAUAUUCCCUAUAAAUGGUAUACGGCCGGUUUGGCUAGUUUCCAUGCUUUCCACGCUGCAGUUGUGCUUACUGUGAUCAUGAUGAACCCUGAAAGCCAAGCAGAGUAUGAUGAGAUUCAUGCCCUGCUAGUAGACGCCCUACAGGUCUUCCAUUUGCUUUCAAGCAGGAGUAGCCUAUGCGAGAAGGGAAUUCCAAUUCUCAGCCAACUGCUUGAAAUGGCCUCCCCCCAGCCUCAACACCUGUCCAUACCGCAGCAACAACAGCCGUCUCAAUCCGAACUCAUGUCUACCACUGUCCCUUCGCCGCAAGAUACCCCUAUCUCUCUUCUCACUCAUGGAGGCUCAGUCUCAGAACCGACGUUCGACUUUGCCAACACCCAUGCUGAAACGAUCCAGUCCCAGCUCCAAGCCCAAUAUUGGGUUACUGCUAGCAGCAUACCAUGGAACAACUGGGGUUUCCUUAUCCAUCAAGUAUAGUCUUUUGUUCUUCUUAAUGAUAACAAAUUUUUACGGAGUUCUGGGUUAGGCCUUUUUUUGGGGAAGCUAUUUGAAGCAAAACAGCCAAUGUUAUAUAUGCUUGUUAUCAUUUGGAUGCAACAUAUUCGAUGAUGACCAGUGAUCCCCAGCAAUGAAGGUUUUGGAUAACUUAUGACAAUUUAAAGGCGUAUCAAAAAGUAGCAUAGUAAUAUAUUUUUAUGUGACUGGCAUCGCCCAUCAUGAUCUUACUUGCGCAUGAACCAAA